AUUGAAAUUCGUCAGUUCAUAACAGGAUGUAAUUUUUUUCAACAGCAAACGACUGGUUAAUACAGACAUAUGCUGCUUGGUUAAAAAUCCGUUCAAUCUUAUAAAUACUACAUGUGCACAUCAAAGUUGUUCAUAUCUUAUUUCAACGAGUACAUCAGAGAGAGCAGGAUGGCUCAAAAUUACCAGCUAUGUCUGUUAGUUUUGAUUGUGGUAUUCCUAUCUCAAAGUGCUUGCUUUGCACUGUUCGUACCGGGACCAGACACGUCAGAACAAUUUUUUGUUAUUGAAGGCCUUGGAGAUGGAGGUACUCUAGGAGCUGGUGCAGAGACUGGUAUAUUAGGUAAUACAGGGCCUGACUUAUCAGGUCUUGCAGCUUUUUUCCCUCUUUUACUACUUGCACCCUUAUUACUUGCGGCAACGGCACCGGCUGCACCAGCAGCGCCAGCACCAGCACCAGCACCAGCACCUGCUGCACCGAGUCCAUCAGUAACAACGCAAGUCCUACCCACUUCAACAUGUGUUCUGGAAUGCCCUGCAACGUACAUGAUGUUAGCCGACACAACGAUUAGUCCUAAUUGUUACAUUGGUAGUGGAACUAGUGCGUUACCUUGGGUGGAAGCUCUGGCGAAUUGUCUCCGGACACCAGGUGCCUACUUGUGGAGACCAAACAGUGAAUCAGAAGCCAAUGCGGUUAGAAAUAAGUUAGGUAUAGCCACAGACGUCAUGGUGUGGACCGGUGCAAAUAUUCUGACAAACGAUGGCUAUUCAUUUAUCGUAGAAAAUAGUGAAUUUUUAUUCACUGCUCCCCCAUUUGGAACAGCCGCGACGCCAGCAGCAGGUAAUGACUGUGUGUCAAUACAAUUACCAGCCACACUCGGGGCGACUUAUCAAUGGACUGCCAAGAUGUGUACCGAAAGUAAUGCCUACGUUUGCGAAGUUCCUCCAACAUGUCCAUAGAGAGUAUGUAUGCUGCCAUCGUAGAACUUCUUUGGAAGAAUAUUGUUGAUGAUUGGUACAAUAAAAUCGUAAAAGUUGGC